AUGACCUCUUCCGCUCCUAUCAACAGUAAUUCUGAUGCACCGCCCGAAGCCCACGAUUCCUCCUCUGUGAUGGAGGGGCCAGACUCUCUCUCACCGGCAUCCACGCAGACAACCACUAUCUCCCCCAGCGUAUCAAACAAAACAUCACCUCCUGCACCUGUUCCGGGAGCAGUACCAACGCCAGCGCAAAACCCCGCUUCUCUACUAACCCAAACCAUUCCUAUAAUUGGAGCCGGAAAAGGACAAGAAACCAGCCCCACCUCGAACCUCAAUCUUCAAUCCAUCCCUCCACCGCCAAAACCAGGUCAAAUCCCCUCUCAACCAACUGCUCACGCCACAUCCCCACCUUCAACCCAACCAACGCAUACCCAACCCAGCCAACAAUCCCUCUCCCAUCCGCCAGGCUACAUCCAAAACCCCUCUAUAAGCGCACCCAUCGACCCCUUCCACAAGCACUCCUACCCAGACGGCGCGCGUAGAUACAACUACAAAUACACCACUAACUCCAGCACCACUCCCGCCUUCUCAGUCUCUGCGGGCUCACAACCCGCCGCCACAACGUCAGCUACAGCUGUAGCGAGUCCAAGCGGUGUCCGUGGCAGAUGGCGCUGGGACGACGCGCCCGGUGGUGCGGGGGGCAGGUAUGAAUAUGUAACUGAUGGGCGCGAGGAAGAUGAUGAGGGCGGUUGGACUGCUGCGGGUAUAUGGCGGUCAACUGUGGAUUUGGCGAAGACGGCCGGAAAUAAGUUGGCGGAGGCUGAGGAGGGGGUUUGGAGGUGGGUUAAUCGGCGGUAG